AUGUGGCGGGACCGCACAAACCUUUACAUCUCCUACCGACAAUCCUUCGCUCACCACCCGGCCAAAAAGCCCCGGUAUUUUACCAGCUCAUGGAACGAUGACACCUCCGAAGAGCGUCGCGUUCUCAUCUCGGGCGCCGGCGACGGCUUCGAGGAUGACGGCGACGCAAUCAUAGAGAUGGAUCUUUUACCUCCGCGCUGGCUGGACGUCCAGGACGAAGUGACAGACCUCCUCCGGGACAUUGCGCAGAAGUCCACUCAACUUGACAAACUGCACCAGAAGCAUGUAUUACCGAGCUUUGGGGACGAAGAUGUUCGAAAAGAGGAGGAAGGCGUGAUAGAGCGGUUGACACAGGAGAUUACGAGGACGUUUCAUGAUUGUCAGCGGAAUAUCCAGAAGAUUGAGAUGAUGGUGCGGGAUGCGCGGCAAACGGGGAACGUGAGCCGCGGAGAAGAGACGAUGGCGAAGAAUUUACAGAUUUCGCUGGCUGCGAGGGUGCAAGAGGCGAGUGCUGGAUUUAGGAAGAAGCAAAGCACUUAUCUGAAAAAACUCCGUGGCCUUGAUGACCUCUCCUCCCCGCUCGAGCGCUCUUCUACUCCGAUUCUCCAACAGCAGAACCCCUACUCAGACCCUUCCCUCCUCGAAUCCGACGCCGACAAGUCCUACUCGCAAUCCACCCUCCUCCAAACCUCCCAGCAACAGCGCCAACUCGGCCGAAGCGCCAACGAUGCUGCAAUUCUCCAACGAGAGCGAGAAAUCAACGAUAUCGCAAAAGGAAUCAUUGAACUAUCGGAUAUAUUCCGCGAUCUCCAAACCAUGAUCAUCGACCAGGGCACAAUGCUUGAUCGCAUAGACUACAACGUCGAGCGAAUGACGGUAGAUGUAAAAGCUGCUGAUAGAGAGCUCACAGUGGCCACCGGAUACCAAAAGCGAACCACAAAGCGCAAGAUCCUCUUACUCCUUCUCCUUCUAGUCGUAGGCAUGUUCAUUCUCCUCCUCGUCAAACCAAAGCGUAACAAUUCAGCACCCCAAUCCCCGCCAUCACCAAAUACUCCCCCAGGUAACGCCCAAGACAUAGGACUUCGUGCAUCGGCGCGUGGAGCAUUGCAUGGGCGACGUGGGAGAAGGAAGCUAUCCUUGAGAACGAGGUCUGCUGAUGAUGCCGUGAAUCGUUUUCUACAAAAUGUCUGGCAUGAUCCACCUUUACCUACAAUCUAA